UGGGUUUUUACGGGUGGGAGAAAAAAAUAUUUUUCUAAUCUCUGAAAAAAAGUUUCUUCACACCUCAUAAUUUGUGCAUCAUCAUGGCGCUUUAGCGGAUCUGUAACAACCUGCUGUUUUUCCCUGGUCAAGACCACGGAGGACCUGGACAGCUAAGAGAUGUCCAACGAGAGACUCGUUUUUGACCCAUAUGGAGGGAUCUACACAGCGGUCAACGACAGCUGGGUCCCCCAAUACUCCUCCCUCAAUCCCUCUCAGCAGACGGUCCGAAAUCUGGAAACCACCAUGUCAUCUAUUGGAGUUAUCAGAAAUUGUGCGUCCAUAGAGGACCUGAAGAGCAAUGCAGAGCAGAUGUCCCAGCAUGGCCUGAAACAGUCUCAGCUGUGGAGUUCUGUGGCCAAUCAGAGCUCACAACUCAGAAUGGGCCACCCCCCUCACCUCCAGCAGCAACCAACUGACCUGGAGAGGGAGCUCGUCAGUCACACCUGGACUCUCCUGGAGACCCCAGGUGUAGCCGGCGAGAGGUCCCAGUUACCGAACUGCACACCACCGACGCCCUCUGCUGGUCAGUCAGUCCACUACAGAGACUCGUUCUACUCGGGGAGAGAGGGACAGUCAGACUCCUUCCCUGUAUCCUGCCAGCUGCAAAUGCCCCUCCCUGUUGCCAAAUCCAGCUCAAGCUGGUUCAGCAAGCUCCUCCAGGCGGGGGUGGACCAUCUGCCCAGAGACACAAACAAACCUAUCGCCUGGGACACGUUUCUCCAGAGAUGGGUGAACAAGAGAGCCUUGUACACAGAGGCUGGAUCCUCUUCUCCCACAAAUGCCCCCUGUCCCCCGACUAUGGGCAACGAUGCCAUACAAAAUGGAGUCAAUAAGUACUCUGUACAAGCUGGUAACCAAGUUCAACCAUAACCAACGCAAACAAGUGUUUCUGGAAGCUGGUUUCAUAGUCCUCAAUUGGUUCUAUUUGUGUAACCAUGUGCCAUCAAACUCAAAUGACAACACAUCUGUUGUCUUUUGUUCUUUAAAAAGUCCCAGGUCACCUUAGGAAGGCGUAUCCAUCUUGGAAAAACUGUUGGGGAAGAACACGACCACCCCCUCUCUCAUCCCUGCCCCUCCCCUCUG